AUGGCCAGCGAGUUUACCGACAUUUCAGGGAACACGCCCUUGAAGAGCACUGACAAACAAUCGAAGAAGCGUAGUGGAUUAACAGGAAGGAUGCGAUUACUGCCGCUUUCCGAGACGUCCGCUCAAGGAGCCUAUGAAAUGUAUUCGAGUAACAACGGUGGCAACGGUGUGAAUGGAAGUAAAAGUGGUCUCGCCACUCAGAAGCUCAAGAAGAUCACGCACAAACGCGAGCUCAUGGAGGCUGUACGCAAGACCAGCACGCCGAUCAUGUUGCCUGGACGAGACAGUGGCUUAUCGAGCUCAAACCGAAGUUUACACGACGGAAACGCAAGCAAUCCUACUCCAGAGAUCGAUUCUGGCCAACGAGACAUUGAAUAUCUGGAAGACGGAGUGCAUCACAACGCUCGGAAAUUUAACGAACUCAAGCUUACGGUAGAUCGAAGACAACGAGACCUCCAUAAACUGUUGGACGAGUUACGCGUUCUACAGCUCGAAAACGAAACUCUGAGCAAGAUACAGAACCAGGAUACACCCGUGUCCAAGAAGAAUAAUCAGAUUAAGCAACAUAUUGCUCAGUGCACAGCCAGUAUGGAAGAGCAAAUGCAUCUGCGGCGGCAGCUUGAACACAUGAUCAGGCGCUUACAAACCACUCAGUUGUGCGUUGACUCACAGCUCUCUGGUAUGGCCACAGCAGUUGAUAGUAGCGAACGUGAAGUCGAAGAGGUAAAGACGCUGUGCAGGCAACUCGAGGUCGGUAAAAGCCGUGCUGUUCAGUUUUUGCAGGAGGUGCAAUUGCAGUUGCAAGUGGAGCGGAAGGCUCGAGCACGAGAACUGGGAGAUCAUGAAGUUCGAGCACGAAAUUCUCAAAAAAUGGAGACGUGGAGGCUGCAGCGAGCUCAAGAACGUGCGGAGAUGGUAGCGGAGAUGCGUGGAGACUUGUCAGCGGAGGAGGAAGCUCGAUUGAUUAAGUGCAUUGAGAGCAAAGAACGUGACAAAGAGGCUUUACAUGCUGCUAAUUUGGUGAAAUCACAAAAGAAUGCUGACUUUGAGGCCGUGUUAUCCGAGAUGAAGCUAGCGAUGGGGGCCGCUAGCUUACGUGAAGUGGUCGAGAAGAUUGGUGCUCAAGCAGCUACAAGUAUAUCACUGGACAAGGAGAAAACACAAGCUGAGGAACGUCUAGUCGCCGUGCGACAGGAGAAAGAACUAGUACUUCGAGAGCUUAAUGAACUUAAGGCGUCGGGUAUCGGGGGUAUCGAACUCAAUCGCGAAGUGUACAACACACUGGAGAGCGAGAUUCAACAGGCCAAAGCUACGUACAAAGUGAACAAAUCCGCCUACGAACGACUCGAUGGAGUCAUGUCAGCUGUUCGACAAGGAUCAUUUGGGUUGGCAAGGCGACUUCAAGCUUUCGACGAUGUCUUGGAAGCUGGACUGGGGGAUAAUAACUCUGGUAGUACGACUGGAAGUACUUCAUCUGGUGGUAUGAUCCCGACGAAUUCCAUGUUAUCGUUGAUGUCCGGUGGUGAGCACGCAGGAUAUCUCAUCACAGCGGAGCUCAAACUCACCAAAAUCUUGGAAAUUGUGGGUCAGUCGAGCUCGUCUGUGAACACUUUCGGUGGCUAUGAUGGUGUGGAUGGUAGUGGCAGUUUAGGUGAUGAAAACUCACAAGGUAACAAUCCAGAGGACGGAGGCAACAACGCACACCUCGAGUUGUUGGAAGACGGCAACGCUAUGUGGUCGCCAACUACAAAUAAUGAUCCGCGACUUCACGAGAAUAACAUUCGAGUACGUCCGUCGACACGGCAUUUGCCUUCAGCUUCGUUAAUGGCCGCUCGGAUUGGUAUCACCCUCCCAGAUAGUGACGAUGAGCCCGAUACAGCACGCUCCAAAGCUUCUGCGACCGGGUCGGACAUUGGCGAACAGAUGAGCGUACUCGUACCGUCUCGCGAUAUCCUGAAAAUGAGCAGCUCUCGUCACUUUGCCGAAGUUAUGCGCAAGAAAGAGCUGGCCGAGAAGCAAAAAGUGGCAGCUGAAAAAGGAAUUUCAGACGAAGAAAUGAUGGCCAAACUUCGCAAACGCACCCAGCUCGAGACGGACGUUCGACUUGCUACGUCGCCAACACGUCACGGGCCAGAACUUUUCUUCGCCAAAGCCACUGCAGCAGCCGAAGACAGCGAAGUUUCAAGCCCAAAUAUCAACUCCAAUCAGUCUUUAGCUUUCGUCACACAAAUGCAUUUCAAUGAUCUCUAA